AUGAGGAGAGGGACAUGUGGCAGGGAGAAGAGGACCGCCGCCGCCAACACUAGGAGACCUGCAUGCAAUUGGAAGAAGGCCGACGUCGACGUGAAGAGCAGAGGAGGCGCUAGCUGGAAGAAGAACGAAAACGGGAUCCGCACACCGAAGCAAUACAACAGCGACUUCUUCCAGUUCGACCCCGUCCUGCAGACCAGCCUCCUCUUGCCAAUGCCGAGGCACCGCAGCGGACAGAGACCGGAAAGCUUGGAAAGGCAUCUAGCGGCACACAAGGUCUUUCUCCAGUUUACAAGUGUGGUCAUCCUCCGCGAACAAGUCCGCGCGGCCGGAUGUCCGAAGCUGCGAGGCUUCCUUCGGCGCCUGCGCAAUGGUGAGCAGACGGAACUGGACUUCCAGCGGCUUUGCGACCGCCUCUAUGGCCCAUCGUCUCGGGCUUCUUUCGUAGACGGCCUGAGAGCCAUCACUCCAUUGAACCAAGACCGGUGGGACCUGAACAUGGCAGCCGUCGUCCAAUGGGGCCGUGCGCACGGCAAGCACAUCUCCAUCUUCGUCGCCAAGCACGAGGCCGAGUCCGGGAGAAGGUUUAACGUCGAAGAGCUGCGCGACGUGCUCCGCCACGGAGACGACUCCCAGCUCCCCACACCCGGCCUGUUCUUCUAUGCGCAAGGGAUGCCGGUCGUAGUGACGCGGAACCAGUUUGUCGGGUUGAAGGUGGUCAACGGGGCGCCCUUCAGAGCCGUCGACAUCUUCCCCGAUCUCGCGUCAGCCACCAUCGCCCUCGCCGGCGACGUGACUCUCCAUCUCGGACCGCCCGUGGCCGUCCUUCUUCAGUCGGACGAUAGCACUGACCUCGCAAUCCCCGGGCUCCCCAACGGCACUAUCCUGAUCAAGAGUACAACGUUCGCCGUCCCGGGUCACAUGCGGGGCAAGACGCCCAGGUCUCGAGGCAAGCCAGGGUUCAGGUGGGUCACCCACAGAACGGGACCGCUUUGCACGCCGGCAUGCGCCAUGACAGACCAGAAGAGUCAGGGCAAGCAGUUCUCGAGCGUCCUUGUCAACCUCAAAGGUGCCCACGCCGGUGACACGGCGACGCGGCCCCGCUUCAUGAGCCUGUACGUGCAGCUGUCGAGGGCGGGGAGGUGGGAAGGGCUGCAUCUGUUUCGAAAACCGGAGCGAGGCGACUUUAUCGAGCCUAAGAAUGUGCUGGACAAAGACAUGAGGGACGCUAUCCUCAAGCAAUCCCCUGGACGCAGCCCUCCAAAUGUGUUCUCUGUACUUUAG